UCGACCGCCGCGAUCAUCAUGCCCGUCCGCCCGCCCCGCGCGUCAACGAGCGGCGCCGUCGACCCCUUCGAUGCCGCGCUGCGCCCACCGCCGGACGAGACCCCAGAGGAGCGUGAGGCACGCCUCGCUCGCGAGGAGGAGGCGCGCCGAGUCAGUGCCGAGAUCGACGCCGAAAUCAAGGCCGAGCGCCAGGCGAAGAAGAAGAAGCGCAUCGUCCGCCUUCUCCUUCUCGGCCAGAGCGAGAGUGGAAAAUCGACGACGCUGCGACAAUUCCAACGAUUGUACACCCCGACAGCAUUCAGAGAGGAGCGCAUUCUCUGGCGAGCGGUCAUUCAAUUAAAUGUCGUCCGUUCGAUGCGCACCAUCCUUGAUGCCGUGCACCACGAACUCGUCGCGACUGCGGCCCUUGCGCCAGCACACAAGAGCCGUAGCAUGCCUUCCCGACCACGUCAUGGACCGUCGUAUUCGAACGACUUCGGCGUACGCCACCCCAGUAUCCCCGGGCAACGCAGACGCACCCCUGGGUCCACCAUCGACGGCGCGGUAGCAGAGUUCUCUACGCCCGGUGCAGGCCCUUCCCAUGCUGCGUAUGACUCCAACGCGGCAGCCGGCCCCUCUCAUCCUCCCCUGCCCGGCAAUCACGGCUACCCCAUCGCGCCCCCCGCAUACCCGCACGUGCCCUCCGUUCCGCUUAACGUGGACUCUGGCCCAGAGUCAGACUUCGAGCUCUCGGAUCCUGAAGCAGAUGAUACCCUCGGCUCGUACAAAUCCACCAUCUCGCUAACGGCCAACCAUUUGGAAGUACUCCGCGCACGCCUCGAUCCCCUUCGUCACGUCGAGCGCCUACUGGUAGCCAAACUCGUUCCGCCUAACGAAGAUGAGGCUACGAGACUCGGCGGCCCCACCCUAGCUGGGCAAGAAAUUGUCGUACGGCCCGGGCAGGAAGUAUAUGUACGUCCUGGCGCAGGAUGGCGGGGUGCGCUCGCCCGCGCGCGUGUGCUCUACCCAUCCGGCCGGAACGCCAGUGGCACAGGAAGCAGCGGAGGAAGCGUCGGCAGCGGUGGAAGCAGCAAUAACAGCGGGAACGGGCCCCAUGGCAUCACCAGAAGAACGAGUUCCAGCGGCAGCGGCGGCGGCCUCGCGGCCAGCAUAAGCGGCUUCGUCCACCACACGAAAUCCAUAUCAGGUCACCCCCGCCAGCAUCCCGAGCUUCCGUCGCACACGCAGCAGUCGCCGUCGAGGAAGUCGAAGGGGGGCCACCAGCGACAGCCGACGGACGUCUAUGCCUCUCAGGCUGGCCGCCCCUCGGAAUCCGAUCGUCGCUCUCAGCCUUCGCAGUCUGACAGACGGUCGCAGCCCAGCCGCCAACGCUCUGAACGCUCGCGCCCCAGCAGCGUCGGCAACAUUGGGUCGGAGAGCCCCGACCAGGCCCAGGAGGUGCUGUACGCGUGCCGCAGGGAUAUGAUCCAACUGUGGCUCGACCCGGAUGUAAGGACGAUUUUGAGACGGAGGAAGAUCAGAUUGGAGGAUGCGCCGGGAUUCUUCCUGAACGACCUGGAGCGCAUCACAUCCCUCAGAUACAUACCAACGGAUGAGGACGUGUUGAAGGCGCGCCUCAAAACCGUCGGCGUUAGCGAAUACAAGUUCGAGAUGGAGGUCGCCGCGAAGGAUACCCCGAGCGAGUGGCGCAUCGUCGAUGUAGGAGGUAGUCGGAGUCAGCGUGCGACGUGGGCGCCGUUCUUCGAUGAUGUGGAAGCAAUUAUCUUCCUGGCGCCGAUAUCGGCGUUCGACCAGGUGUUGGUGGAGGACAAGACUGUGAACAGAUUGGAGGACUCCGUCCUGCUCUGGAAGGCCGUCUGCCAGAACAAGCUGCUCGCGAACGUCGAUCUCGUGCUGUUCCUGAACAAGUGCGACAUCCUGGAGGCGAAGCUAAACUCGGGGAUCCGGUUCGCGAAGUACGUGCGCAGCUAUGGGGACCGGGAGAAUAGCUUUAGCGCGGUUAGCAAGUAUCUGCAGAGCAAGUUCACUGCCAUACAUCGGGAGUACUCGCCGCCCACACGGAAGUUCUACGCGUUCUGCACGUCUGUUACUGAUACCCAAACGACUUCGGGCAUAAUCGCGAGUGUGCGCGACAUGGUCAUCCGACAGCAUUUGAAGCAGUCAAAGCUCAUGUAAACCGCCGCCAACGGGCGUUUGACUGCUGUUAUGUUUUCGACGAAGGCCACGAAGUUCGCGGAAGGAGGGUGACGCCGCGUGAGCGCACUUCAAUGCAUAUACUAUGCACUUUUCACACUAUUCCUUUUCCGCUAUACCCCUCGUCGUGCUGCUCAUUGCAUAGGAUAUGCGGUGGGCUUUCGGGAAGGGCGAGUGCCAACUCCUUGAUAUGGCAUCAUGCCCUUUUAGGAAAUCGCGCUAGACCUUCCCGAUGGCCGGCAGCCCAAAGGAGAGCCUGUUGUGCUUCCCCACCGUCGCUCGUUGACCUCCUAGCGCAAGCUAGCUCACGCUCAUGAGAGACCGUUCGAUAUCAUCUACUGACCCACCACUUACGCACCUUCAUUUCUCUGCCACAAUCAGUGCUGAAUUGUUGUAGUAUUAUCUAGUUACAUAUUUGCCCAUCUACAUACUCAAGAUCGUGUUAUAAAGGUCAUAUAUCGAGGAAUGGCUCUA